AGAAAGCGGAAGUCGUGACCCGGAAACUGUAGCUUCGCAGCGAGACACGUUUUUCUCUUGCAGCAGCAUGAGCAGAAGUUGUGGUAGUAUGAAGGGACAUCAGUAGACAUGGUGGAGGUCUCAGUCAAAGCAGCGGAACCGAUCCGGUCGGCCGGUAUCCUGCAACAGAACCGCGUCUUCCUCGACUUCUUCUGGGACUUGGCCAAACCGGAUCAGGAGGUCCGUCUCAAAGCGAUAGAAGACCUCAUCAAGUACCUUAAAAGCAACAACAAGGCUGAUGAGUUGGAAUACACCUUUAAAAGGCUGGUGGAUGGACUGGCUCACACACGAGAGGCUGCGAGACCAGGAUUCAGUCUGGCUUUGGGACAGGUCUUAAGUGCCUUUGAAGACGUCUCUUUGCAGAGUGUACUCAGCAGAGUCAAGGAAAAGCACAACUUGCAGACUGUGAAAAAGAAACUGUUCAGAAAUGCUUUGUUUGGAAACUUGUUUGGCGUCCUCGCCCUUCAUCAGUCCAACCGCCUCUCUAAAGAACCACAGGUGGUGUUGGGAUGUGUGCAGCUCCUCCAGAGCCUCAGCCAGCACAGACAACACGUGAAGGACCUGCCCACGAAGACCAUGAUGGACAUCCUCAAUGAGAUCCCAGAGGAAGUGUUUGAGGAGGUCCUACUUAGUGCCCUGCAAACUGACCUGGAAUCAGCCUUCAGGACUCCGGAGCAGCUCCAGCUGCUGCUGGUGGCUCUGCAGCGCUUUCCACAAACCCUCAAGCCCAAGAAACUCAAGAAGUUGCUGGGCUCCUCGACCAUCAUCAACGCUGACAACAUCCCAAAGUUGACGGAGGUGCUGAAGAUGGCGGCCCGCUCGGUGAAGAAGGAGCGUGUCCUCCCAGCCGUGGCCCUGGACCUCCUGAAGCUCUCCCUGAAGGAAGACAGCUUCCAGCUCUUCUGGAGUAACGCCAUCAUCAACGGCAUGUUCAAGGAGCAGCCUGGGCCAGAACAUUAUAUGAGCUUCCGUCUGCUGGGCAGUGCCCUGCCUCUCCUGUCUGCAGCCCAGCUGAAGGACGUCUUGUCCGGAGAGGUGAUGAUGCGUUAUGGCGAACACGUGGUGUCUGCUCAGAAACCGGACCGCUUCAAGCUGGCCCCAGAGAUGGACGCCUGCGUGUCAGACUUCUUGCAGGGCUGCCAGGACCCCGACAAGCAGCUGGCGGUGAUGGUGGGCUUCUCCUCGCUGACCAACCAGGGCUACCCUGUGGUGCCGUCUGUGUGGAGGGUGGUGCAGCACCUCCAGCCUGCAGCUCUGCGGCAGUACGUGGACUGGCUGAAGAAGAUGUUCCUGCACCCUCAGCUGGACAAGCUGCUGGACUUCAGGACACGCAAACAGAAGGACAAUCAGGAGGAACAGCAACAGAAGGAGAACCAGCUGAGGAAGUGGAUUGUUGCUCGCCUCUCCUCAAUCGUUGACAACCACCAGGUGAAGAGGCAGGAGGAUCUCAUCAUGGAUGUGGCCAGGUUUGUCUUUUUCCACGCUUUCUUCACUGCCAAGAAGGCCUCAGCUGACAUCCCAGAGACGGAGACGAAGCUUUCUGUACCGCUGGAUGACAAAACACGAGGAGUGCUUGUCAAUUCUUUCUUUGGACUCCUCCUGUCCAUGCACCACCUGCCUGUGAUUGAGGACUCAGCUGAAGGUGCGCCUGUCAACCAAAAGCGGGUGUUGGGCGUGACAGCAGAUGGCACCAUGUGGAUCUACCACCUGGUCCAGUACGCACAGGUCCUGCUUAGCCAGCCAAAACACGUCCAGAGCAGCCAGCCCUUCAGCCCCGAGCAGAGACGGGCCUGGGACAGCAUGCUGGAGUCCCUUUCAAACCUGAAGAAGAAAGCUAAGAAAGGACAAACUGCAGAGAACACUGCGUUCCAGCAGCUCUUCCUGUUGGUCGGCAUGCACUUCUUCAAGGCCCCCGAGGAGCUGCUGGACAUCAUGAAGGACCUGCAGAGCUGCAUGGACAAAGCUCAGGAGAAGAAGGCCAAGAAGAAGAAGAAGAAACAAGCCACGGAGCAGGAGGAGGAGGAGGAGCCUGAGUGGGUGGAGGUGAUGGUGGACAUCCUGUUGUCCCUGCUGUCCCAGCCCAGCCGACACAUCAGACUGGUCUGCAAGACGGUCUUCUCCUCCAUCUGCCCCCACGUUACUGCGGCAGCCCUCACCGCCAUCUUAGAUGUCCUGGACCCAGAGAAGGAUGACGAGGAGGACAGUGCUGUGGUUGUCACUGACGACAACAAAACCCAGAAGACACCAAAUGAGGAAGACGAUGAUGAUGAGGAAAUGGAGGAUGACGAGUCUGGUGGAUCAGACAAUGAGGAUGAUGAUGAUGAUGAUGAUGAUGAUGAUGAAAAUGACAGCAACGAUGAAGCGAUGGAACAGGACGAGGACGAAGAUGAGGAUGAGGAGUUGGGAGAGGAAGCUGUGGACCAAAACUUCCGUUUGGAGCUGAUGAAGGUCCUGCAGCAGCAGAACGCUCUGGCCACAGAGGAGGAUGGCAGCAGCGAUGAAGAUCUGGAUGAUGACGCCAUGAUGGAGCUCGAUAAGAGCCUGGCUGCACUCUUCUCGGGGCAGAAGAAAAAGAACCAGGCCAAGAAGGACGAGAAGACAAAACUACAGAAAGAGAAGGCGCUGGUCCGCGACUUUAAGAUCAAGGUGUUGGACCUGGUUGAGGUGUUUGUGGCCCGACAGGCUGGCAGUCCUCUGGUGCUGGGCUUAGUGGAGCCUCUGCUCACCAUCAUCGACAGAGGAAUGAGCUCCGACAGCAACCAGCAGGAGCAGGACUUCCUGCGCCGAGCUGCAGAUAUCUUCAGGAAUCAGCUGUGCAGGUCCAAAGUUUACUGCAAGACUGUUGGUGACAGACAGGGGGAGCUCCAUGACCUGCUGGACAAGCUGAUGACUAAAGCCCAGAGGCUGUCGGAGUCCUCAGUCAGCCUCUACUACUUCAGUGCGUCUCUGUACGUGGUGAAAGUGCUGCGAGGAGCUUCGCCCGCCGAGUCCACAGAGGAGCAGAACGCCAGCAGAGCUGCAGCGAGCGACCUGAGCUUCAUGGGCUGCGUGGACGUUGAUCGGGUCUCCACCAUCUUCAGAGACGCUCUGAGCUCCUUCAUGAGCAGGAGGAAGAGCCCUCUGACCACUCAGAUGUUCACAGACCUGUUCAGUAGGUUCCCGGUUUUGUGUGUGAACCUGUUGGACGCGGCAGUGCAGCACAUCACGUCUGGGGUCAGAGUUCACCAGCAGGGCCAGGCGUGCGUGCUGGUGUUGCGGGCGAUGCAGAGCAGGGACGUUCAGCAGCUGCUGAGCGGCGCUCCGUGGGCGGAGCUCUGCGUGAAGGUCACGAGUCAGCUGACAGCGAGCCUUCAGCAGGUCGGUCAGACUGAGAGCAAAGUGGUGAAGGAGAAGGUGGUGAAGACUCUGGAGCUCUGCCAGUUCCUGGUCAAGCACGUCCACCAGCAGAAGCUACCUGUGGACCUGGAGCCCCUUCAGAGGAUCCUGCAGUCCCUGACCAGCGUCAUCACUUUCAAGAAGACGGGCCAGCUAGAGGACACCUACUGGGCUGUGAUGAAACACUUCGGAGUCAUGAAACCCAAAGUUGAAAAGCCAAAACCUGACAAAGACGCUGAGCAGCAGCAAGUCUCCAAGAAGAAGAAGAAAGGUUUUCUGCCAGACACUAAAAAGCGCAAGAAGCGUAAGAAGCCUGUUUUAGAGCCGGCGGGAGACAACUCGACCUCCGCGGACAAACCACGAGCAGACAAAGGACAAACCAAGAAGAAACCUGACAAGAAAACAAAACAGAAACGACCAGCCGAUGGUGCGUCCGACUCGCAGCCCAACCCAGCCAAGAAGAGCAAGACGCAGUCUGACAGCAAACCAGCCAAGAAGAAGAAGAAGAAACCCAAACAGAAGAAAGAGGGAGGAGGAGGGAAAAUGUGAAGUGGACACUGCUAUUUAACUGAUAAUUUCCUUUAACAGAGGCUGUGUUGUUGUUUUUCUACUGUCCGUGCUUCAGACAUUUUGUUGUUGUGUUUUCACUAUAAGACAUUAUUCCACUUAUUGAAAACUCUGGAUGUGUGCAAAGUGAACUAAUAUGGAUUAUUUUUCUAAUGUGUGACUGCCAUUGAUUAGAAAAAAAUGUCUGCAAUAAUAAAUCAAUUUCUCCACUAUCAAA